AUGAUGCUUGUUCUCAUGGCACCGCCGCCUCCUAUCGAGGUCAAGUUCCUGGGCACAUGUACGUCCCCGAUCAUGACGCGGAACUACUCGAGCCUGUUGGUCAAGUUGGGUCAUGAUACCGUGAUGAUCGACUGUGGUGAAGGCACACAGCGACAGCUCAUUCUCCCCCAUGUUCAGGCAGGUGUGAAACUCUCGAAUAUACGCACGAUUCUCAUCACACAUUUGCAUCCUGAUCAUAUUCUCGGCUUGACACCGCUGAUUUUUAGUAUGAUGGGUCUCAGUUCGGCGCCAGGCAAAGAUGACAGGCCGCGCCUCGAACUCGUUGGACCUUUGGGACUGCGUGCAUUUCUGCGCACGACGCUUUCAAUUACGUACGCGACGCUGAACAGCUGUUUCGUCGUGCACGAGCUUCUGUGGCCUUCACAGCCGGCUUAUCCACAUCACCCGAGCGGCUCGUUUAUCUACACAGAAGAGGACAUCUAUCUCCCCCCAGAUGUGCGCGGCCAAACACGCACUUUGCCGUGUAUGCCACCGCAUGCAAAUGAGCUACCCGGGCGUGAUAUCCGCAUGGACGAGUCGACAGGCACAUGGCCUCGGAUUCUGCAGUUGGGCAACGUGUGGAUCAGUGCAGCCCCCAUUACACACAGGUGCCCAACGGUGGGAUACGUAUUCGAAGAAGCACCCACGGCCUCCAAGUCUGUUUCGCCGCGCGACUUAGCCAUCCUCGAUUCGAAUGCUGAGGCGCUCUUUGACCUGUAUCAAAUUCGCCAUCCACGCUCGCUGCUCUCGCGCGUUCUGAAAGCACGCGAAACACUGACACUACCAGACGGUCAUGUUUUGGUGCCGCCACCACUUGACAGGCCAGGUCGCAAACUCUGCAUUCUCGGUGACACGAGCGAUGCUACGGCUGGACUCGAAGAUAAAGGCAUGCUCGCAUUGGCUCGCGAUGCCGACUUGCUUGUGCAUGAAUGCACGUACGCCUACAUGCGAGAGAAGGAUGUCUUGGCUGCCCCGUCCCCCGAGCAUGCACAGCUCCUGCAGCAGCUCCUGCUAGCGGAAGGCGAGGCAGAGCCGCGUGCCCUUUCACGAGGUCAUUCAGUGCCGCGCAUUGCUGGUUCUUUCGCAGGGCUCAUCCGGGCACGGCAUGUCGUCUUCAACCACUUUUCCGCUCGCCUACCUGCACCACAUACCAUGUCACAUGCUCCACUUACAAGCACGGACCAACUGCGUCCAGACGCACGCCUGGCAGAGUCAGAGCAGUGGUUCCAUGUGAUGCGCGAGAUAGAGCGCCAAGUUACUGAGUUUUGGCACGCUUCUCUCCCAGAAGAUGUGCGUGCUCACAUGGGAGACCGCCGUGCCGUAGCUGCCUACGAUGGCCUAGCCUACAUUCUGCCGCCCUUGUCGCCAUAA